AUGGCCGAUGCAGAGGAAGUUCCCAGGCAUCUAAGAAGACCUGGAGAAGAUGGAUACCGCACCCCUACUAUUGAAGAUACAGAACGCUUCCUAUCACUCUGUGAUGAACUGCAUGCCACUCGCGUCCGGAGCAUCGGGGAGGCACAUGCGACUGCGUUGAAUACGAUCAAUGACCCGACCUUCCGGUCAAUCCGGUCGAGGGUUAUAGAAAACGCAAGCACUGAUGAUGGCAACUCUCAUCAUGGAAUUCCUCCUAAACCGGAGGAAGAGGAACCUGAAAACCUCAGCUGGAAGCAGCGCAUCCGUCACUUCACUUGGGCUUACUUCACGCUGACCAUGGCAACGGGAGGAAUUGCCAAUGUGCUCUAUAACAUUCCUAGCCCUUACCGAUUCCGCGGUCUCGAGACCAUCGGUGUCGUCGUAUUUUUACUCAACAUCGUUUUGUAUCUCUGUAUCUGGGCCUGUUUGAUUAUGAGAUUCUAUUUCUUUCCUUACACGUUCAAGGCUUCGUUUCUUCAUCCCACGGAGUCACUUUUCGUCCCUGCUACAGUGGUCUCAUUUGGGACCAUUCUGAUCAACAUCUCCCAGUAUGGACCGGGCAAGACAGGGCCUUGGCUUGUCCAGGCCGUGCAUGUGCUAUUCUGGUUUGAUGCCACGCUUGCUGUUGUCCUUUCUGCCAGUAUAUACCUUCUACUGUGGUCGACGCAAACCUUCACAAUCGCCCAGAUGACGCCGAUUUGGAUCUUUCCGGCCUACCCGAUGCUGAUCAUCGGGCCCCACGCGGGAGUCUUGAGUGCUCACCUGAACCCUUCCGAGUCUCUUACUAUAAUUAUUGGAGGCUUCACCAUUCAGGGAGUUGGAUUUCUGGUGUCCUUGAUGGUCUAUUCUGCCUUCAUCUACCGAUUGAUGACCCAGAAACUCCCGAAGGAGAACAUUCGACCUGGCAUGUUCGUGUCUGUUGGACCAAGCGCCUUCACCGUUGCUGCGGUCGUAAACAUGGCCAUUAACGCGGAAAGGGCUUUUCCGCCAGAUUUCAUGGGGAAUGGAGCGCAGGCAGCGAUGAUUGUGCGAGUCAUUGCGAAUUUUGCUUGUCUCUGGUUAUGGGGGUACGUUGCAGGGAACUCCAAUAUGUGCACAACCUCGUCAUUGCUAAUCGGGUUUCAAACAGGCUAG